AUGUCGAUGACACAGGAGAAUAUCAACCGGUUGAUUAGCGUACUCGACGGCAUCCACACCAAUCUCGAGAGCCAAAGUACCCAGAUCAAGAGUCUCGCUGAGCUACUGCGACCUUUGGCGCAAUCGAGCACGGGGCAGGCACCGCAGGAGCUCGCGGAGAAGGAAGGCAUCAAUCGGGAUCUGGGGAAUGAAACCGCUGUCUCUCAAGUGGCCAAAGCUCGAUCGGCGGAAGAUAGCACUUCAUGUGCAACCGCUGACAUACCAGCCAGAGCAAGUAGAGAGGAGGACAAGCCAGAACCGCCAACGCCUCCAACAAUGUUCUAUCUGGCCGGAAUCAAGACUCAGUAUGCCCUGGGGCAGCUACCAAUGGUGUAUCAAUUGCAAGAAAAGACUGCAAGUCUGGCUCGCGGGGAGGAGUGGGCAUACUGGAGACCAGUCUUUGAUGGACACAAACUGCUUGCUGGUCAGGGGCAGCCGGAUUUUGUACCAGAGUGGGAGAUUUGCUACGACAAUGGCCAGGCGUACCACAUUGACGAUCAUAAACGAAGGCAUCCGCUUCCAGGCGCACCCGGACCUGGCCAACAACCAAGUUCUGGCACCAUUGAGCUCCUUGUCCCUUACUCAUGCAGUCCGCCUCCCACAAACUACAACGGAUAUUUUCCUCAGAAAGGAUUCGGCGAAGUGACUAGACGUGUUAGGGAAGUCUUGACCGCGGUAUGGAAUCUCAGAAACGAGACGUCUGGAAGCCUCAAUGGUCUCUUACCCGAAGCCAUGCGGAAAGAAUCAGCCUAA